AUGAAAUACAUUAAUGAACUUAUUAUUUCUAAGUCAGUUUAUUUUUUUCUUUGUAUAAUAAUUUAUGACUUCUUAAAAAAUUUUCUUGACAACACUGAGAAUUAAAGAAAUGAUUUUUAAUAUUUCUGGGAUAGUAAUUCAAAAUGGGAAGAUGAUGAUACAUCAAAUGGAGGAGAUUAUUUUUAUAUAAAUAUAAAUGAUGAAAGAGUGAAGGCAUAAUAUCAUGUAAAGAAAUUUUCUAUGUUAGGAAGUUAAUGUGGAUCAUCAUUAAGUUGGGACGGUGAAUAUAAUAUACAUAUUACUAAAAGAAUAAAUACACCAACACUAAAAAUAUAUAUAAGUACAAACUUAAAUAAUUCAGCAGAUGAUGAAUCAUGGGCAUUUAAUGAAUUUAAAUUGUAUUUUUAUACUUGUUAUUUUACCUGUUCAUCAUGUGAUGGUGAUCUUGAAACCAACUGUAUAACAUGUGAUAUUGAUAAAAAUUUUGUUAAAAAUACUUCUACUAACUUAUGCGAAUGUUUCCUUGGUUUUUUUCUUUUUAAUUAAAACUGUAUAAAAUGUCAUUAAUCCUGUUAAAAAUGUUCUGAUAUUCAUGAGACUAAUUGUACUUAAUGUGAUCCAAUACUUAAUAAAAUACUUUUUGAUGGUAAAUGCAUAUGUAAUUCUGGUUAUUAUUUGCUAGAUAAUAUAUGUUAUUAAUGUACAAACGGUUGCUAAACCUGUUAAUCUUCCACAAAAUGCAAUUUAUGCUUAUCAAAUACAAAUAGGAUUUUCGAUUCUGUAAAUAAUACAUGCUAUUGUGAUAAUUAUUAUUAUUAUAAUCCUGUUACUAUGAAUGAUUUUAUUUGUUAAAAAUGUCAUUAUUCAUGUAUUUAAUGCACUGGUAAUUUAGCUAAUAAUUGUACUAAAUGUGAGUCCAGUUUAAAAAGAAUAUUAAAUGAAUUUAAUUAAUGCAAUUGUAUGAGCGGUUAUAUUGAAGAAAGUUCUGUUUGUAUUCCUUGUAAAUUACCUUGCCUAGAAUGUGCUGGAAAAGUGAAUUUAUGUACUUCUUGUGUACAUGGUCUAUAUAUAUUUAAUGAUACAUGUUACCCUUGUGAUAGUAUUUGUAAAGAAUGUAAAAAUUUGGCUGGCUUUUGUACUUUAUGUAAAGACGAAUAGAAUAGGGAAUUAGAUAUAAUCAGUAAUACUUGCGUAUGUAAGCCUUAAUAUUAUUAUGAUAAGAAUACUAUGACAGAUCUAAUCUGCAUUAAAUGCCAUUAUUCAUGCUUUUCGUGCAAUGAAACUACUUAUAAUAACUGCACUGGGUGCGAUAAUAGUAAAAAUAGGCAAAUAGACAAAGGAAAGUGCUUAUGUAAACUUGGCUUUGUGGAAGUCGGGUACAGCGGAUAUAUGUACUGAAUGUCAUUUAUAUUAAAAUCGGGAAUUAUAAAAUUAGCAAUGUAUAUGUACGUCUCAAUACUUUUAUGAUUAAAACAUUUUAAACCGAUUUUAUUUGCUUAUAAUGUCAUUUUUCGUGUCUUUAAUGUAAUGGUGCAGACUAAAACAAUUGCCUAGCCUGUGAUAUAGAUAAAAACCGUAACCUUCAAUUAAAUUAAUGCAUUUGUAAAGAUAAUUUUUUCCAAAAUUCCUAAAAUAACAAUUAAUGCGAUAAAUGCCAUUUUUCAUGUCAAAAUGUAUUCAAACAGCCACAAAAUGCACCGAAUGCUUCAUUGAUUAAGGAACAAUAUUUAAAAUAAUUAAUGUAUAUGUCUUUAGUCUUUUUAUUUGGAUUAAAUAAGUCUUAAAUGUGAAAAAUGUUCACCUUUAUGUCUAGA